AUGGCUCGAAGCUGGUAUGCGUUCUUCUUCCUCCAGAUCUUCCGGUUUGGAUACCAGUUGGAUGGCACCGCCGAGAUGUACCUUGCCACCGUCACCACGGAGGGCGAGCGUACUGGUGCGCUGAUGAAGCUGACCAUGCCCCAGGCAGCCGCUAUGUUCUUCGGACCGAUCCUCGGCUCGAAGAUUGCCGCCUUCACCUCGCUGCGCAUUUCGCAGUUUGUCUGCGGGUGCUUUGUACUGGUCGCCCUGAUGCCGGUGCUUACGUUCAUGCUGCCCACCACCCAUUCGAUUCCCCGGCUUGCUUCUGCCAAACUUAGACCCCAGGACUAUUUCCACAUGAUCAGACAAAACGUCCACCUCCGCGAGGGACUGAUCGAACUUUUGCUCCGCGCUUACAUGAAGGACACCAAUGACUCGGCCUAUGUCCUGCUCGUCAUGGCUGCCGCCCUGCUCGCCGUGCAGUUUAUUUUCCUGCCCAUCCUGCAGCGAAAAAGCCAACCCAAAACCCUGCUCCAGCAACUCCUAGUGAUUACCGCCGUGCAGACGGGCUGCUACGCAGUCGCGUAUGCGGAGACUUCGACUCAAAUCACCAGCGCCGUCGAACGCACCGACCUAGGAAAAGCCACUGGCCUGGCAUCAAUGUGCCAAUGGCUAACCCACUUCAUUCUACCAAUCUACGCGUCGCACUUGGUGCAGCACUACCACUAUACGUACGCCUUCUACACUUCGGCCGUGAUCACCACCGGCACCCUCAGCUACGUGACCUUUGUCGUGCGCAAUGCCAAUAACCGUGUCCAAACCCUCCUACCUUCCUUGGCUUAU